AUGGAGACAGCCAAUACACCCGGGGGGGCCCCCCAGUCAUCGAAGGGGUUAUUAGCUGCUUUGAAGGGGCCCCACACUGUAGCUGCUGCUUCGCCCCCUGCUGCUGCUGCUGCUGCAGCAACGCCAGCAGCAACACCAGCAGCAACACCAGCAGCAGCUAAAGCUGCUAAAGGAGGCCCUACUUCGGGGGCUACACGCAGCAGCAAAGGGGGCCCCCGCCUACGUAGCAGCAGCAGCAAUAACAACAGCAGCAGCAGCAACAACAGCAACAGCAACAGCAGCAGCAACAACAGCAGCAGCAGCAACAACAGCAGCAGCAAGUUGGAGCGUCCUACUGCUUUACUAACUCCCCCAGCAGCAGCAGCAGCAGCAGCAACAGGAUCAGCAGCAACGGCAGCAUCAGCAGCAGCAACAGCAGCAACAGCAGCAACAACAGGAACAACACCAUCCCCAGCAACAGCCUCAACUACCUCAGCAGCAGACUGCACAACAGCAACAGCAGCAGGAGCAACAGCAGCAACAGCAGCAACAACAGGAGGCUCUAGAACACCAGCAGCAGCUCCUUCAUCAUUUGCUUCUACCCGCAGCAGCUCAAACCCGCUGCAGCGAAGAGGGGCCCCCCGAGCGAACAGCAGUUAUGCUGGCAGCAGCAUUGUAGCAAAUCAAAUGUUAAAAACAAAACUUUGUCUAGAUAAUCAGAAGAAAGGCUGUAAAAGAGGCAUUAGCUGCCCCUAUGCACACUGCGAAGAAGAGCUCAGAGCUCUACCCGACCUCAGAAAAACAAAAAUCUGCGCUAAUGUACUCGCUGGCAAACAGUGCAAAAACAGAGCUUGUCGCUACGCACAUUCUGACGAAGAGCUGCAAAAAGAAUUAAGAGGUAGAGACGCUGCGACAGAGCUGCUGCAGGGCCUCAUAGCAGCAACAGCAGCAACAGCAGCAACAGCAGCAACAGCAGCAGCAGCAGCAAAAGAAAAGAAGGAAGAAGCUAAUGUAGAUCAUCAACUCGAUAAAAAUUGCAACAAGGCUGCUCCUGAUGCUGCUGAUGCUAAUGCUGCUGCUGCUGCUGCUGCUGCUGCAGCAACAGCAGCAGCAGACAGUACAAAUAAUGCACGUCAAGCAGCAGCAAAUGAAAGCAGCAACAAAGAAAAGGCUGAUACCCUCCUGCAGCAGCAGCAGCAGCAGAAACAGCAGCAAGACUUGCUGCUGCUGCAGCAGCAGGCUGCUGCUAAGCAGCAAAGCCCGACAAAGGCAAAGCAGCAGCAGCAGCAGCAGAAGCAACAGCAACAGCAGCAGCAACAAGAGGAGGCAGCAAAAGGACUUGAAGCAGAUGAUAUAAAACGAGAAUACGUUGCUGCAGAAACACCAGCAGCAGCAGCAGCAGCAGCAGCAGCAGAAACCCCACAACUAAAUACUAAGGCAAAGAAGCAGCAGCAGCAGAAACUGCAGCAGCAAAAACAGCAGCAGCAAAAACUGCAGCAAGGUGCCCAGCACUACACACGCACCGUGGCAAUCCAUGGGCCCUUAUCAAAAGGCGGUGCUGCCUUCUCUGUGGGUCCCCGCGUAAGGGGCCUUAGCAUUCGUGAAGUGCAGCAGCAGCUGCUGCUGCUGCAGCAGCAGCAGCUCCAGCUGCAGCAGCAGCAGCAGCAGCAGCAGCAGCAGCAGACAGGACCCUCUGCCUUUCCUUCUCUUUGCCCCCAAGGGUUUUCUAUGCAAAGGGUUUUAACAGCAGAGCCUUCUUUAUUGCCUUCUUCAGGUGUAUGUACACCUCAGCAUAUAAAUGCUUUAUCAAUACUAUCCCCGGCUGCUGCUGCUGCAGCUGCUGCUGCUGCUCCUGCAGCUGCUGCACCUAGCCCUGUUCCUCCUGUUGCUGCUGCUGCUCCCGUUGCUGCUGCUGCUGCUGUUGCUCCUGCAGCACAGGCAGCAUUCGGGGCUCAGGCCCUACUGCAGCAGCAGCAGCAGCUUCUGCAGCAGCAACAGCUACUGCUGUUACAGCAGCAGCAGCAGCAGCAACAGCAGCCACUGGCAGCUGUCGAUGGAGGGGGUGUUUGCGGGGCGGGGCUGCUGCAGCAAGAAUCAGCAGAAAGAAGCGAAGGCUUUGAAAAUGUAUGCAGCGAGCUGCUGCUGCUGCUGAGGUGUUUACUGGACCAGAAGAGGCAGCAGCAGCAGCAACAGCAGCAGCAGCAACAGCAGCAGCAGCAGCAGGUGCUGCAGCCCUCGCCACAAGAGCAACUGCAGCAGCUGCAGCAGCUGCUGCAACAGCAGCAACAGCAGCAGCAGUUGCAGGAGCACCUGCAGGAGCAGCUCGCCCACCACCAGCAGCAACAGCAGCAACAGCAGCAGCAGCAGCAGCUGCUGCUGCUGCAGCAGCAGCAGGAGGAUGCUCAGUGGGGGGCCCCCUCAGCUCAACUCUUCGGGGGCCCCCAGAGCUACGCCUUUGCUGAUUUUGCUGCUCCUUGCAGCUACACUGCGAAGUAA